GAAAAAAAAAAGACAUUACAAUUACAAGUGUUCUUUCGCAUUCUCUAUUUUUCUCUCUCUCUCAACCGUACGUUGAAGGGUCUCUUUCUCUCUCUUCCCUGCAAGAUCCCGCAGUCCAAACCCUAGCAAACCCCUGAGGAAGCUGAGAAGAACACGCAGCGUCGUACACGCUACCCUUCUUCUCGCGCCUUGCUUAUUCCGAUCCAGUUAGACUGCUCUUGGAAACAGUUAUUAUGGCAACUUCAGAACAACAAGCCACUCCCACGACUCCUGAUGCUGAUAUUGUUGGUAAUGCCUUUGUUGAUCAAUACUAUCAUAUGUUGCAUGAAAGCCCUGAACUGGUGCAUAGGUUUUACCAAGAUGUCAGUAAGCUUGGUCGACCUGAACAGAAUGGUAUAAUGGGUGUUACAACCACUAUGUCUGAAAUCAACAAGAAGAUACUGUCGCUGGGUUAUGGUGAGCUCAGUGCAGAGAUCAUAUCUGUUGAUUCACAAGAAUCUUAUGAUGGGGGAGUCAUUGUAUUGGUCACAGGUUUUAUGAUUGGAAAGGAUGACAAUAAACGGAAAUUUAGUCAAUGUUUCUUUCUUGCUCCCCAAGAGAAAGGCUACUUUGUUCUUAAUGAUGCUUUCAGAUAUGUCGAUGAGAAGGGGAUUGAAGUGCCUGCUCAGGAUACUGUAUCUCCUGUCCAUCCUGACACUGUUGCAGAUGCUGUGCUGCAGACCCCUGUCUCUGAACAAAUACAUGUGGCAGUUGAGGAUCAUGGGGAGGAAGUCUACAAUCCAGAAACUACUCAAGCUUCAAUUGAAGAAGAGGAAGCACCUGUAGCUGAGGUUGUUGAUGAAAUUCCUGAUGCUUCUCAGAUGGUGGCCGGGAUUGCAUCUCAAAUGGAAGAUCUCCCAAAGAAGUCUUAUGCCUCUAUUGUGAAGGUCAUGAAAGAGGGUGUUGUGGCAUCUGCUCCUCUGACAUCUGUUUCUGUGAAACGUGCACACAAGAAUCAUGAACCUAAGCAGGAGGCUGCUGCAUCACCACCCAAUGUUAUCUCAGAUGUCAAUGCUUCUACUGUUCAAGAAGCUGAAGCUGAGGGCUAUUCUAUUUAUGUCAAAGGUCUUUCUUCAAGUGCUACACCUGUCCUCCUGGAAAGUGAGUUUAAGAAGUUUGGACCCAUUAAGAUUGGUGGUAUCCAAGUUAGGACCCAAAAGGGAUUUUCCUUUGGGUUUGUGGAGUUUGAAGUGGCAAGUGCUGUGCAAGCUGCUCUUGAGGCUUCUCCAAUUAUGAUUGGCGACCGCCAAAUUGUUGUUGAAGAGAAGAAAUCAACUAAUCGAGGUAAUACCAGAGGACGGUUCACAUCUGGUAGGGCUCCAGGCUACAGGGGAGAUGGCCUAAGAGGACGUGGAAAUUACGGAAAUGGCAGAAACUAUGGCCGGAAUGAUUUCAAUGGCCGCAGUGACUUCAAUGGUCGCAAUGACUUCAAUGGCCGCAGUGACUUCAAUGGCCGCAGUGACUUCAAUGGUCGCAAUGACUUCAAUGGACGCAAUGACUUCAAUGGUCGCAAUGACUUCAAUGGCAGGGGAGAAUAUGGUUAUAGGAAUGGCAACCGGGGAGGUUUAUCAAACCGUGGAGGUGAGGGGUAUCAGAGAAACGAUCAUAUGGGACCCACUGGUGGACGCAUGAAUCGCCCAGGUGCUGCUUCUGCUAAUGCAUCAGUCAAAACCAAUGGUGUUCGUGUUCCUGCUUCUGCUUGAUCAACUCACUCGAAGAGUAAGCCUGGUUGGAAAUGCACUGGAGAAUACACAUCUCAAGCAAUUGGAUAAUUGAGGAUAGCCUUUUUUGGAUAAUCUACUUUUUAAGUUUUAAGCUCUUUUUUUCUUCCCAUUUUUUUUAUAUUGGUGGUCUUGGUAAAGGUAGUUUCUAUUUUUUUUUUGAUAGUGUCGUCGUAGUGGUAGCUUGUGUUUCCCCACCUUUUUUGAAUAUAGAUAUAUAUUUGGGGUAACUCAUUUUGUUUUGGGAACUCGAUAGUAUUUGGUAGGUGCGACAUGAGGGGUUGCUAUCAGCAUGAAUUUGCGGAUUUGAUUUUGUAAAACACUGAAGUUAGUGUUAAAUAUGAUUUUAUUAUCGGUUGCAA